AUGCUCACAUUCUUAACUCACCAGCUAGUUAUUUUUAUUUUAUACGGUUAUAUUAGAGGCUACAAAUUGCCAGGGAGUUGUGAUUCCGGUCAGUUCUAUGAGCCGAGUAUGAUGGAUUGCCUGACCUGUCCUGCUAACGUAUCGUUAGUCACAUCUGCUGAUGGUUUUGCUUGCACAUGCGAGGAACACAGUAUAGCGACAGGCAUUGCUCGCUGUAAACCUUGCAAUAUGACUGAAGUCGUUUCAUCUGAUGGAACCAUGUGUGUCCCUCGACGGUGCCAAAGCUCCGCUGGUCGAAUAGUUUGUAGGAAGUGUCCCCUUGAUUAUUUAACUGUGACUCAAAAUUUCGACGGCUCACCGAUGAAAGAGGUCCAGUGUAUAAAGUGCACUCGCGGCUAUAAAGUUAUCAAUAACCGUUGUGUAAAGUGUGAAGCUUGUUCGUGUAAAAAACACGAAAUAAUCGUCAAAGGAAGAUGUUUACCGAAAAAAUAUGUCUUGGAUAGGCCAAAAUACUUAGAAAAUAAUUUACAUCCAAAUGAGUUGCUAGAGAUAGUGAAAUUGGAAUAUUUGUGUAUGCAACAAGAAUAUAGAUCGUGUCGUACUUUAGCGAGUUCUUGUGUUCAUAACUUCUAUACAACAGACCCAGGGGGACCGUGCAGGCUUUGGAUUCAACGUAAUUUAGUGAAAUUUAAAGGUCUUCCGUUGCUCACUCUAGAUAGCUCGAAAAGUGGUAAAAUUGACGUACCUUUACAAAGUGGAAAAAAUGAUUUGAAAAUUGCAACGGCAAUACAUACAAAGAGCGGAGGGUUAAAAAUAUUUCGAGAUCCAAAAGACAUUGUAAAUCAAUGUCCUGUUACUUGUCUACCACCAAUCUUCAUUAAAAUCGGCAACGAUUUUACACUAAAUUGUUCAAGAAAUAUAACGGAAUUUACAGAUGAAGAUUUUAUAGCGUUAUUCGAACUAUAUCUUUACAAUGAAACAAACUUCGACCCACUCUCUGUUACAAUUCUCAAGCCAAAUAGUUAUGAGGUUGUGAAAGGAAAAUGGCCUUCAAAGCAAUUUAGAAAGUUUUUUCUAGUAAAAAAUUCUAUCUCAACGAUUACAAACACAACUGAUACCGUUUAUUUGCGGUAUCUAGUUUUUCGAAUACGGCUAGAACGCGACGCGUCUGCAAUAAGUUCUCUACGUCUACAAAUGAGUAUCGAAGCACAAUACACAACGAAAUCACCACUGACAGACAUGAUAACAACGUCGAUCAGUGUAAAACAUGAAAUGCCAACAGCGGGAGUGCUACGAGGCUUAGAAAUAUGCGGUGGAGUAUUUUGCUCCCUUAUGACAUUAUACGCCCUGGUGCAAUGGCGGGGAAUUGUGAAGCGAGGAGGAUUGGUAUUGGUUGUUAUACCUAUUUUGGCGAGUUAUGUUGCGAAUGGUCUUUACUUUGCGGCGCUAUUUUCGACUCUACAUGCGCUGGCAGCGGAAGCGGGAACCCUCGCGCUGACUCUUCCGUUGUCGCAAACCGAGGAACGUGUUAUAGAACUUGUUAUCUAUAUCGUCGUUUGUUUGAAGGCUCUCAAAAUAUUAUGGAUAAAUUGGAAUCAAUGUCGUUGUGACAUAUUUUUCGUCGAUUGGUCAAAAUAUAAUUUACCCACCAAAGGUAUGCAUCAAAUAAAUAUAAAAAAUACUAAGGAUAUAACGAUACAAAGUAAGUCGAACAAUUGGAAAGAAGCCUUCUUAGCCAGAGAAUGGAUAUCGAUACAAACGAAGCGACGUGUGUCACCUGGCUUCACAGCUACCAGCACUUUAUUAAUACUACAUCUUUUAGAACCGAGGUAUUCGAAUAUAUUAAAGAGUCAGGGGUACAAAUGGGUGAUUUCGUCGUCAGUAUGGUGGUGUUCCUAUAUUAUAUUUUACUGUAUAAAAUUCUUAAUGGAUAAAUUGAAUAAAUCUCAAUCAACCGGAUUAAUAAAAAUCUGCACAGACUUGGAACUUUCGUUGCUAGUAUUUCAAUAUGAAUACUAUGGACACUAUGUGGAUGGAAGACACGAAGAUUUGAUGGACUUCAGAUCAAGGACUCACGCCUUACAAACCUGCCGACUUGUUUGUUCGCCUCAGCUGAGGGACGUAUAUAAAAAGCUUACUACUAAUGGUUAUCUUGACAACCAUAAAUCAAACCAUGUACUUUUAUCUCAAUUUUUAAGUGCAUUUUUUGAACGAGCAUUAGAUGGACUAAAUUGGGUUGCCAGUGAAAGGACGCUAUUAGAGAAAUUACUUGACGUGGAAUUUGUGACAAGAGAGGAAGGCAACACUAGUAUACUACUGUACGAUAAUGACGUCACAAUACCGUCUAGUUACGCGGUCACGUGGUGGGGUGAAGAAUUGACACUGGCAACAUUCGACAGUAUGUUAUUUGGCUGCGUUUUAAUGAUGACUGGUCAUUUAGUUUUAGCUACAUUAGUUACAUUAAUUAUAUGGCAGAUAAUGAAAUUCGCUCGCUAUUAUUUCGGAUGUAUAAAUGUUAAAAAUAAGAUAGGUUUAAACGAUUAACUACAUUAGAAGUCUUUUAUUUAUAGGAACAUAAUUAAUAAAAUUAUAAUAUUUUUAAACAUA